UUCAGAAUGAAUUGUGACCAGUCACGUAAAUACAAAAUCGGUGAAAAAAAGAUAUAUAAAUCAGAAGAAAAAGAGUACUUGGCAAAUUUGUCGAAUGAUCGUCGCAUAAAAUGUGAAGUUAUUAAACAAAUUAAAUGUCAACUAACAAGGUUAAAAAGGCUGAAGGCUGAUCCGGUUACAGCAGUAUUUGUGAUUAAAGAUGUCAAGAAAAACAGAAAGACUAGACCGAAAUAUCUCGGGUUAGGAGAGCUCUUCGACAAAGUUAAAAAAGGAGAACCAGCUCUCAACAGCGAUGAGUUAAAGAAAGUAAACGGUAUAGACAUGUUAUUCCCAACACAUGAAGAUAUUAUUGAAAACGUUACUUUGGUAACUCCCAGCAAACUAAACAUUGGACCCGGACAUUCCAAGCAACUAGCUGAAAGUCAAAAGAAAAUGCUAGAACAGACGGCAACUGUCCCCUCCAAUGACACUUUAUCAAUUGAUAUUGACUCCCCAAUUCCAAAAAAGAAACAGACCAAAGCAAGCAAAGAAAAAGGUACUAAAUCACCAUCCGUAAAGAACAAACAGAAGAAAACAAUUGAAAAAACAGGAGUAAAAGGUAGUUCUAAAGGAAAGAGCAGAAAAGAUAAGUUGCCUCAGAUGUCGGAAAUUGAAUUAAUGGAUGGUAUUGAACCUUUACCAGAGCAGACAGAGGUAGAAGUUGGAAAUAAAGAUGACUUUAGCGAUGCCAGCCCAACUCGACCUCGAAUGUCAAGCUAUGAACAAAUGAGGAUGGACAGUAUAGAGAAAAACAGAAAAUUUCUGAGUGGCUUGGCAUUUCACCAUAUACCUCAGGAGUCAUGCACGUCUGAAUAUAUUGUUCAAGGUAUAUGGGUAAUCGUGGCGUUUGAGCAGACCUGGUAUCCCGGAUUGGUCAAACACAUUGACAAGGAGGAGGACAGUAUAACAAUAACGUUCAUGCAUCCGAGUGGCAAAAACAAGUUUAAAUGGCCGGUUAAAGAAGACAGAAUAGACGUUGAGAGGAAGGUUUCUGCAGAAUCUGUUACUAUUUUCCCUUGA